AUGGUAGAGUUUCUUCUUCUUCUUCUUCGAUUUAUCCUUUUCGUUGGUGGGUAUUGUUUGAAGUUGGGUGCUUCAAUCAUAAAUUUACGAACUUCUUCUUUCUUGCUUGGUCGCUUGUUCUCCAAGUGGGUAUCGUUUGAAACUGAGCACUGCAGUGUCUUUGCAAAGAUAGCUCUUGAGUCAGUUUGGGAUUAUAAGUCUAGUAUUGAGAUAACAAAGGACUGGAAUGGGAUCGAUCAGGUUAGCUUGUAUGGAGGACAGGUUACUUCAUGGAGGAAUGAUCGGGGUGAAGAACUGCUCUUCACCAGCAGCAAGUACAAUACUAGUAAUGCUUUCAUUUUACUGAUCUUUAUGCCAACAAUUGUGCUGUUUGGAAACUGUGGAUUACUUGAGCAACAUGGGUUUGCAAGGAACAAAAUUUGGACCAUUGACGAUAAUCCUCCACCUCUGCACCUAAAUGAAACCCAUGGCAAAUCCUUCAUUGACUUGCUCCUCAAACCAUCGGAAGAGGAUCUUUUUGAGUUUCGCCUUCGGGUCUCUAUUGUGUCAGAUGGAAAUCUGGUCCUGAUAUCUCGAAUUAGAAACAUCAAUGGCAAGCCAUUUAGUUUCUCAUUUGCUUAUCACACUUAUUUGUCUGUUUCUGCCAUAAGUGAAGUCAGGAUAGAAGGACUGGAAACACUAGACUAUCUAGACAACCUUCGCCAAAGAAAUCGCUUUACAGAGCAAGGAGAUUCUAUAACGUUUGAAUCUGAGCUGGAUCAAGUUUAUCUUAGUUCCCCAAAUUGCAUAGCCGUCCUUGAUCAUGAAAGGAAGCAAACAUUUGUAGUAAGAAAGGAAGGGUUACCUGAUAUUGUGGUGUGGAAUCCAUGGGAGAAGAAGUCUAAAUCAAUGGUAGAUUUGGGGGACGAAGAGUACAAGCAAAUGCUGUGUGUUGAUGGGGCAGCAAUAGAGAAACCUAUAACUUUGAAGCCAGGGGAGGAAUGGACAGGGCGCUUGGAGCUUGCCGUUGUGCCCUUGAGUUUUUGUAGUGAGGACCUUGAUCCCCAUAUGAGGUUUUUCUAAAGUCUGUAGAAAAUGAGCAGAGAUGGAUGGAUUCUUGCUGUUUUGAUAGCUGGUCUGUGUCUAAAGUUAGUUCUUAGGUGUACUUUUCAUGUUCAACAGAACAAAUGUAAUCACCUAUAACAUAUAAGUAGUCUGUAAACUAGCAAAGCCUAUGUUUUAAAGAAUGGCUGCUCUUCUUAGGUGUACUGAUUUUGGGUGAAGGAAUGAGGUCUAUCAUCUAUGUCUUUGAAGUAUGGCUUCUCGUUUUUCAUCCUAUACUUUUGUUUAUUG